AUGCCCGAACCAGCGAAGCCAGCGCCCAAGAAGGGCUCAAAGAAAGCUGUAACUAAAACGACGGGAAAGGGAGGAAAGAAGCGCAGAAAGUCCAGGAAGGAGAGUUAUGCCAUCUACGUGUACAAAGUCUUGAAACAGGUCCACCCCGACACAGGAAUCUCGUCCAAGGCGAUGGGUAUCAUGAACUCGUUCGUGAACGACAUUUUCGAGCGCAUUGGCGGUGAGGCCUCCCGCUUGGCUCACUACAACAAGAGGUCUACCAUCACCUCCAGGGAGAUCCAGACCGCAGUGCGUCUGCUUCUGCCCGGUGAGCUGGCCAAGCACGCCGUCUCCGAGGGAACCAAGGCCGUUACUAAGUACACCAGCUCCAAGUAGAGACGAAUUAACAGCCCAUUCCAGUCUAAAGGCUCUUUUAAGAGCCACCCAUAUUCUCUUUGAAAAGAAAUUUCAAUGUAAACAUGAAUGCACUACAUUCACCCACAUGACAUGACAUUACAUUAGAUUCAA